CAGUCUGGCAGCACCAUCAAACAUACGUUCAGCCGGACAAGUUCCUGUUGAUUUCAUUAAGAAAAAAAAGAUGUUCCAACCCAGCAGGCAGCAAGUUCUGCGUCUCUAUAAACAUCUCAUAAAAUACGGCAAUCACUUAAAGCUUACGGAUAAGAACUACUUCUUGGGUCGAGUGCGACACGAGUUCCGCCAAAAUCGCCACCUAAUAGAUCCACCAGCAAUUGAGUUCAACUUCAAGCUCGGCGAGACAUUGCUAAAGAAAGGCCGCAUUCUCUAGUAAUGCUGCAAUUGCGAUCUUUGGCUGCUGUUCUCUCCAGCAGCCUGUGCCACCGUCUGGCCUCCAAUAAUGCUCAUUUGGAUUAUUCCCGAUAUCCAAGUCUCCAGGAAUCUGACAUCGAGGAAACGCUUAUGCGCGGCAGCGGUCCCGGCGGACAAGCGGUGAACAAAACCAACAACUGUGUCUUCCUGCGACAUCUGCCCACUGGCCUAACCGUCAAGUGUCAUCUGCACCGUUUGGCCUCCAAGAAUCGCAUAGAGGCACGCAAAAUACUGUUGGACAAGCUCGACGCCCACCUAAAUGGAGAACAGUCGAUUGCAGCACAGUUGAAAGUAUUUGAUCAGAAGAAAUCCUCGGAGCGCAAGCGUCGCCAGGGCAAACUGCAGGAGAUGAAAAAGAUGUGGCAGAGUCGUGAAAUGUCAAAUGUUGACGGGGAGACUGAAAAGUGAAAGAGAUUUGUGUGCAUGGUAAAAAGAUUUGUUUAUUAAAGCUCAGAGCUACCAACUGGAGAAAUUGCUGAA